AUGCUGCGAGCCGUAUCAAUAGCCACAACCGGCUUCCGUCGGGUUGCAGCUUCCACUAGCCGCCUCGAAAGUAAUACUGCGUCGACAAGUCGGAGCAGCCGACGUUUCAAGUCAACUUUGAAAGUGAUCAAUGCCGCUUCCGACGCUCCUCGAGAAGUGCCUACGCCUCUUCUCUUCCUCACAGCUUCCAAAUGGACAUGGUCCCCACCAGCGGCCGAUGCGUUUUCAGAAUGGAUCAAGCACUUUUCGCAGCAAGGCUUCCGGUCUCUGCUGCUCGACCUCGACCCGGAUCAGCCGAUAGCUGACUUCAGAGACUCGGCAGCGCUCAUGGAGCUCUUCGAAAAUGAUGCAAUCGACACUCUGCGCCAAGCAGGAGAGACACCGUUCUUGCCACCUAUCAUGAUCACCAAAGGUCCAGCUGCCUUGAUCGCUCAGACGUACGUCUCUUCUCGGCCGCUCACAGCCUUGCAACUCAUCGACCCACCAAUCAGCAACCAGUAUCUGCGCAAGGACAGGCCCGAGCUGCUUCCAAACGAUCUGGCAGAGUUCAACUUCGAGGCAACGUUCCCACUUAGAGUCCUCUGGAGUCAAGCGGAGCUGCAAAGGCAGCAAGACAAUAGCGUGCCAUGGUAUCACGUGCACCGAAUCGAGCACGAGAGGGAGGAAGAGGCAGACGAGAGCUUGGAUCGGUACACGUAUGUCUCGGAAAAGCAAGGCGCUGAGACAACGCAAGAGUGGCUCGAAGGCCAAGUUGGUAGUCUCGAAGAGUGCACGAGCUCUAUGGCCGAAGAUGACGUCGGUCUAUUUGAAGAGGCAGAGGAAGAAGAUGACGGACUUUUCCAUACUAAUGUGGCAGAUUCGAGGGCAGUCGAUACCACCUCAUCAAACCAGUCGGCGACACCCAGCUCGCCAACUUCAAAAGGCUCCGAAUUGGAGCUGCCAGAAUGGUUCACUGCCGGCAGCUAUACACUUCAACCAGGCUCACGCAAAUAUCCGCUCACCUUGGACGAGAAGGACCUAGCUGAAAAAUUCAUCCGCGGCUCUGGUCCCGGCGGUCAGGCAAUCAACAAGCUUUCCACCAACGUCCAGCUGAGCCACAUACCAACAGGAACCAAAGUCACAUGUCAAGAAACACGGUCACGAGACCGCAAUCGUGAGCUGGCACGUCGCAGGUUGAGUCUCACGCUGGAGAAGCUCCUUAGAGGCGAGCGCGGUGGCAGUCGAAUCGAUAGGCAAAUCGAGAAGGAAAGAAGAAAGAAAAUCAACAAGAAGAAGAAACAGAAGAAGCGGCAGAAGGAGAAAGGUCAGGCAGAUACACCGGUAUCAUCUACUGAUUAG